CAUAUUUACAUAUAUAUGUACAUGUACAUCUAUAAGUGUAUAUAUAUUUGGCUGUACCAUCAGUGGCUGAAGAGUAUAAAGUAGUGAUGGCGAGAUGAAGUGUCAUGAAGCAUUGAAGCUUUCCAUCCAGUUGGUUCACUCGUGUGUCGAAACUGUGCCAUCAAGCGGACAAUAAAUGUAAAACAGGCAGAGUGAUUAUAAUGACACCAUGGUUUUGGUGCGUGAAGCUUUGAAUUGAAUUGUGCUUAAAUGAUGAUGCCAAUAAACCAAUAAUAUACUCAUUAAUAAGCUCGAAUAGAUUGCAAACAAACGCACAAACCUGCAAACCAUUUCCUGAAUCAGUCACGUGGUACAGUCGGCCCCCGAGGCUUCGAACAUCACCACAUACGUCAGCGAUACAAGCCUCGAUACGCGCUUCACAGAAAUCUUCAUGAAUUACUCGACACACGCCUCGAAGCGUCGACAAAGAAGGACACAUCACGAGUGUAAAGCAACAAAGACACGACAGGCCAUGAUGCUGCGAGACAGCAAGGACGAAAGAGAGCGCCAAGCAGGCAUCGUGGUCGGGACGGGCCGCAAGUGGUCAUCCAGCAGAGCGCUGACAGAGGCGGAGGAUCGACUCCAUCGUGCUGAUGUUGUUGGGACAGUAGCCCAGGACAGGCUUGGACUGGGUCGCUCACCAGAACAAGCCGGAAAAAAGCUGACCCAAAGAAACAACGAAGCGUGGUGCAGAGAGAGAUCCGGAAGGCUGAGGAGGAAACCCGGCAUGUCAAGGCCGCAGCCAUGAAGAACCGGGGCAGCCGGACAAGGUGGGAGGGAGUUCGAGAGAGGGCCCUGACCUGGCAGGACAUCUGGAGCAUGGAAGGACAUCGGAUAAAGUUGUUGUUGUGUUCCGUCUCUGACGUCCUGCCUUCUCCAUCAAACCUCCACACACGGGGGUGGACAGAGAGCCCCGGACGCAUGCCCAGCGGGAAGCCGGCUGACCCGAGCUCGUCCUCUCAUCUCUCAUCUCUCAAAAAAUAUCAAGCCCUUGUCCUUGAGAGCCAGCAAAAUGGCCUGGAGCCUCCCUGUAGAAGUCGGCCGCAGGGGCUUCGCCGGGCGGUCGCUCUGGAGAACACUGGGACGGCCGGCGAUCGAAGGUGCGGCCAGGAAGCUGCUGGUAAGCAACAUCACCAGGCAGGCGGAGGCAGCGUCCGGUUGGAUUUGGAUUCAGCGGGAGGUGAGGCGGCAGAGCCAACCUGUCCAAGGACCAACGGCACCGAGUUGGGUGGCGGUCAGCGGGGGUCGACCCGGGACGCCGGAUCCGCUGUCAAGCCCUCUCGAUGUGUCACGGGCUUAAUUUGCCGAAACAUCAAAAACAGGGAGGGUGCCCAUCUGAUGACCUGCUGUCGUCACUGAGCUCUGCCAGUGCUGGUGCCUGAAAGACGGAAGGAGACGAGAGAGCGACGCCACGGGCUCACAGAUGGUGCAGGGCAGAGUACCUGUAAAGUAACAGCAUCACCUGCUGGUGAAAGAGCAGAAACUCCAUUUUACUGCUGCAGAGUUUGGAUCAACUUCAUGAAUUAUUUCAUAUCAAAACAAUUAUGAAUGUGAGUUUUUAAAUAUUUUUUACACACACACACA